AUGUCAAAAUCGGAGUCUGGGUUGAGCACAAUAUCUGGCUCAAGGACGAACGAGAGACUUAAAGGGUCAGACGUGGGUACAAGAGCAGAAUAUGAAGAUGGUAACCAUUCUCGAGCGACCACUUAUCAGGAGUUAAGACGAAGAACCUUCUUCCAACACUCCAAUCGAGCCAGACGGCCCAGCCUACAGCGAAGGAACGCUGUAUAUGAGGUGCCUUGGAAGCCUGUCACCACCAUAGUUGAGACUAUGGGCAAUGCUGAAGAUGCGAAGUUAGAUGACAGAGAUCCAUCCCGCCUUGCACCAACAGACAUUCCGUCUUUAGGUUUACAGUAUUUGACAGUGCCAGCAGUGCCGUCGUUUCCAUCCCUCUUAAAUCCAACAGUCCCUACCGUCCCGUCAUAUCCGUUCCAUGUUCCAUCUUCUCAAUCAGUACUUUCAUCGCCGCCUUCUUCUCCAGUUCCGUCGGAUAUCUCCUUCACGCCUACUGCAAGCCCCACACCAAAUCCGGCAGCAAGUCCGACUGCGAGUCCGAUUAUGAACUCAUCUGGUGGUUCUACGUCGCUGGGAUCGUCCUCGAAUGAUGAUGUUUCUGCCACUUCUGACAGUACCAGGCCUACCUCUCCUGUAUCAACGAUCAACGUUUUAUAUUCCAAUACCACGCUAAUAACAAGUACUCGUUCCUCUGAAACUGCAAACGCUAGCUCAAUCACUCCGUCAGAUGCAGCUGCAGUUUCCACUAGCACAUCUGACUCGUUCCAGCAAUCUACACUCAGAAGCACAGCUUCUGGUGCAGCUGGUGCAGCCGGUGCAGCAGCAACCUUGACGGCCACUGCCACGGCUCCGGUAUCUAUUGGUACCUCUGGGACAUCUUCCAACUCUGAUGAAAGCUUAGACAAGCCCGUCAGUCCCAAUACUCCCCAGGUGGUAGGCGGUGUAGUUGGAGGUGUUGCUGGAGUGGCUGUCAUCCUACUCGUCAUUUUAUAUUUCCUGCGUCGGUACAGAAAGCAUCUGCAAGAUCGUGGUGAAUUGCUGGAACCUGAUGCUCCAAGAAGAGAUGCCGUCAACACGAUGUCGAUGCGCUCAUCCCACACACCGCUUGUUGCAGCAGUCGCAGCAUCUUUUAAGAAAAUGCGGCCAGGAAGCUCUAAUACCACGGCGACAGCCGACACGGGUACCUCGGACCGCGGAUUUCAGCGAGUUGCUGGUCGCAAGAUAGACCCUGUGCUUGUGUCUGGCGGAGACGGAUACGGUGGCAACUAUGGAGCUUUCGAGAAAGAGGCCGCCUUGAAUAAGGAGACUGGAGCUCCCUCGUCUUCACUCCCGGAAGCGCAACCACUGGCUGGCAGAUCAUUUUAUCGCGACAAUGCCGACUUUGAUAGUCGUCAGAACUCCAGGACCUCUACUCCGCUCGGCGGCCAAGCUCGAUUCUCAUCAGCCAGUCACGGUUUAGCCAAUGACCAAGAUGAUGACUACUACCGAGGACCAAGUCCAGACAUAAUCGCGGUCAUGAGACCCAGCCCAGCGAGAUCACCCGUAACCACGAGUGCUGGCCCAUAUCCCCUGGCUCCACACUCGUCUGGUCCUGCAUUGCCCGGCGAUGCGCCUCCAACGCCUACUCUUCCAUCAAGAUAUAUAACACCUGAUGGUGUAGGCCGAUCGCUCGCUUCUCAGGAUAGCAGCCGAGGCAGUCGAUUUACUGAGAGUGUAUAA